AUGACACAGGGAAAUUGCGGCAGGGUGGCGGUCGGGGCCCGCCCGGCUCGGCGGAGGGAGGCGGCGGAGGUAGCCGGCGCGGGGCGCUCGGGCCGCGGGGCAGGGGGCGCGGGGAGCCUCCUCGGCCUCGGCUCUCCCCGCCCCGGGGCGCCCCGAGACCGCCGCCUGCCUCCGCGGGCAGCUUUGUUCUUCUUUCUUCCAACUACCUGUCUGAGCCGCGGGCCCCAGAGGCCCCAAAGAGAGGCCCGGAGGGUCUCCCCAGCAGCAUCCGAGGGGCGCUCUCGGGGAGCUAGGGGCCAGAGUCCGCGGUCCCUCCGUGCCUGCCUCCCUCCCCUCGUGCCUCUGUCUUUUGUUGCCUCUACUCCUCGGCACGGCACAGCCUGGGCUCUUUUCCCCCUCCCGCUUGGGAGUUUGCAGUGUGGACGCUCGGCGAGCACAGUAAGUUGUCCCCCAGCGAACUCGGGCCCGGGCGGAGUGGAGCCGCCCCCGCCGAGACGGGCGCACCGCGGGACGCUUGGAAGCCUCUGUCAGAUGUGCUCGCGCUUCGCCGGGCUUUGUGACCAGCCUGACCGGGACCCGGCAGCUGGGGCUCCUCGGAGAUCAGAAUGGGCUCCGGGGCUCUUCCUUGGGCAGCCCCUCCUGCUCCUCCCCGGUGCGGUGAUCAGCAAGCAUUAAAAGGAAAACUAUAAUUCUCCAGGAAUCAGGAAUCAGGGUUAGAAUCAAAGAGGGGAGGUGGGGGUAGGGAGGAUGUCCAAACUCCCUACGUCAUUUAAAAAAGAGAGAAGGCGAGAGAGAGAGAGAGAGAGAGAGAGAGAGAGAGAGAGAGAGAGAAAGAGAAAGAGAUCGAGAUCCUGUUUCCUAGUUCAUCCCUGUCUUCUCAACUGUAAAGUAAAAAUGACAGGGAAAAGACAAUUUCAAAGUGGAAUUUCCCCAAAGAGUAUUGAGAAAGUGAGAAAGAUUUCAUUUAUCUAUUGAAAUGAGGCAGCCAGGAUUCAGGAAGAAAGGAACAGAAGAGCAGAUGAAGCAAGUGCUGUCUGAAAUUUUGGAUCCAGACAAAUAUUUUGGUGGUGGUGGGUGUUAUAUAUUCUGAGUUUUGCUGCUUAGGGGUCCACAAAACCCACACAGGAGGGCUCUGCUGCCCACAGCUCCUGUUACAAGAUUGUUCCCCACAUACACAGCAUUCACUUGUGCUUAAAUCUAGAGCAGACACUUUUCAAAAAGAACAAUAAAGACAACCAAUUUACAAGUUCAAUGAUAUAAAUGUGAACAGUGAUCUAAGAGAUGGGGAUAGAGACGGUGGGGGACAGGAGGGAACGAAGCAGAAGUGUUUUCUAAAAGGCAACCCUGCAUUCACCUGUUGGAAAGGUGGCCUCUGUCACCCUUUUCAAGCAAAUAACGAAUCUGAAUGAUGAUCAGGGUGUCCGGAACCCACCGCCUUCCCCCUACCUAUUCAUGCUCAGAUUCAGGCUAUUAGAAAACAAACCAUAAUGAAGGGAAACUUUUAAAUCCCACAUUGGGUUGUUUCCUUUUAGAGAAAUCACUGCAAAGGAGAAAUAAUAAGAUCUAGCUGUCGUUUUCUAAAGCCUUUUUGGCUCUGAACUUCCAGAUCUCCUGAAUCCCAGUAAUAAUCUGGUAUUUUUUUACAAAGAUUGGGCCUACAGUCUCACUUCAUUGCACAGCUAGCUGCCAGAGUCUAUGGGUGGCAGUUCCUGUGCUCUGUUUGCUGGGCUGUGCAAACAGGAAUAAUACUGCAGAACUUCAUUAGGAUUUUAGGUGGAUUAAACUGCUAAUAGUUUCAAGUUUCUGUGUAAAUUAUAGCCAUCAUUUGCACAUUUAAAACUCAUUUGAGGGAUUUGGAGACGAAAAGAAUUCUUUUCUAGACAAAGGGCCUUGGGACAUAGC